UACAACCUUCAGAAAGGUUAGCAAAGUAACCAAAAUAUAAUCAUAAUAAAUUUAUUUUCUUAUUGUUUAGUUUUAUACUAUUUUAUGUAGUGUUCUGUGCCUACUACAACGGUAAAUCUCUUCUUUGUUCGACCUUCUUUUCAUCUACGAUAUUCCAAAGUGGGGCCAGGAAAGUCUCGAAAUUACUCGUGGACGGCGAAUGCUCGACGCGUUGACGAUUGAGAAUCGCCUGCCACUUUUUCUUUCAGUAUGGAGUUGGCUCAAACUGAAAAGAAAAGAAAGCAAUCGGAAGAAAAUCUUCCUAGGGAAGGAGUAUCCUCUGAAGAUUAUAACUCUGAAGAUUCCGAUGCCUCCUUUGGUCAGUCUAAAUUGGGAAAGAAGAGGAAUAGUAAACCGUCUCUGAAAAUGAAAGAAAUUUUAUUCAGCAGACUGGCUUCAAAAGUCUUCGAACAGACAAGAAGCAGUGGGGCUAGCGAUGAAAUGAUAGACGAAGACAACACAACCAACUCGGAAAACAGCGACGGUAACAACCUCUUCAGUGAAAUCAACUGGGAGGAGAACAUUGAGGUAGACGCGAGCGACCUGAUUGACGAAUUCGCUCCCAGGCCGACAUCAAAAGAUGUGAAAACAGAAGAACCGGAACCAGAACCAAAGGAGGAAUUGGCCCCAGAUCAACAAUCCAUGGAGGCCGAGAUAAAAGAAGAAUACAAGGAGAAAAUCGAAUUAAAUGGAAAGCUUGACACAGAAAUCCUAGAGCAAGAAUUCAAACCCGGUCUCAAACUUUACGUUAUGGACUAUAAAUGUUCAACCUGGAAUGAAGCAACAAUAGCAGAAGUUGAUUGGGAAGAAAAUGAAGUACUCGUCCAGUAUGGUGACAGUACUAAAUCUGAAGAAUGGGUGGCUAUGAGCAGCCAAAGGCUUUCCAGGCUUAUUCCAGAUAAUUCUCAAAUCCCUACUAGGCCUACAAUUACUUCUCAAACAUCUGAAAUUGUCAUAAAACCAACUGAGGGCCAGCAAGAGGAUAAGGACAUAUAUAAGAAAAGAGUGAAAAAGAGCCAUAUUAGAUCCUCCCUCAAGAACAUGAAAUCACUAAAUAAAAAGGCCCUUAAACGAAGCAACAUGCCUAGGGAACAAAUUGCCAAAUUGGAAUCAGCAGUUUCGCCCAAACACAAAGGGAAAUUUCAAAUCGGCGAAAAAGUGCUUGCCAAAUGGUCUGAACAUAGGAUGCAGAAGUUUCCGGCCAUCAUCAAAAAAAUGGCUGGCCAAGGUAGUUACGAUGUACUGUUUUACGACGGCUUUGAAAAGACAAUCAGUGAAGAUCAUCUUUAUAAAACUACAGAAGAGGAAUCCGCUAAGUAUCGCCACUCAAACCCUUCUGAAGCAGACAGUUUUGUUGACAUGGACGCAGAUUCGAAGGAAGCACGCAGGCAGAGAAAGAAGAAAACCUUUGAUGACUAUGUGUUUGUCAAAGACCUUCAAAAGAAACAACGUAAACAAGAAGGCUUCUCUAUGAAAAAGCACUAUUUCAAAUCUAAGGACAUCUCUAGCAUGAAAAGCAAAAGUUCAUUGAAGAAAAAGAAAAAGUUAUUGUUACUCGAAAACGAAAACAGACAGCAGGACAAGAUGGAAGAAUUUCAAGAUUACCCCAUCACGUCGACUCCGAUAAAACAAGAUGCACUAGUUCAUGAGCCUCAGCCAGAAAAUAAAAUUAAUCCUGAAACUGAUAGGUGGUCUUGUGAUAUUUCAGUAACUGCUCGUCCAAUAAGUAUAGCUGGUCCCCUUGAAGGUACAUCAUUUAGAACAGUAAUAAUCCCAGAUAAGCAGUUGUCUAAUGGUUGGGUUAAACAUGCCAUCCAAUUAAAUGAAGAAUGGAAAGCCUUCCUGAUUAGCCCUGACAAAUAUAAAGUAAAUUCUAUAGAAGAGCUAAAAGACUAUUUCGGCAGGCUUCACAAAUCUUUUCAGAGAAACUUGGAUUUUACCUAUCCCUCGCACCUUUUACCAAAGUUAAUCGAGAAACAGAGGGACUUAGAAGCUAUCAACGAAGUUUUUCCAAAUUGGAUUAUCAGAAAGAAAAUAGGAAAAAAACACGGAACUGUCAAAAGUCCUAUAAAAACAAUCCAUCCAUUAAGCAGUGUCAAUAAAGUCGGUAAGGUGCGAACUCUCUUGCCGAAAUAUCGUGUGGAACCUUCUAGUUCAUCGCCAGCUCUAACACCUCCUACAGAACCAGUUCCGUCUGAUGGCGAUAAUGUUUGGAAGUGUGUUAAAGAAGGCUGUGAGAAAAAGUUCAGAAAAGAGAGCCUCCUUCAGAUGCACAUCAAACAUUACCAUGUGGAAUUUGAAUCUUUGGUCGGAGCGGCUCCGAAUGUGGUAGAUUUGGCGUUAGCAAGAUCUGAAAUAGCAAAUUCAGACCCUGGACCUUCAAAAUCCCCCUUCCCAGUUAAAAGGAUCCCGUCGACUUCUGUAAAAAGCGAACAUGACCCGAUUGUACAGUCAAUCGCCCCUCAAAUGCCUCAGUCAUCACCAGUAAUGCCGAGGCAGGAAAGAAACGAAAACCUUGCACCAAAACGGCCUUAUCAACCGUUAGAAGAGAAAAAACCAACGAUUAAAACAAUUUUCCCAUUUAGUCAAUCAUCAAGCCUUGAUUCAUCUUCAAGACUGAAUUUUGAAUCUGAUGACUUCGAGAGCGAUGAGGAAAAACUAUUCAAACCUCAACCCAAAUACAAAAAACCAAAACCUUCGGCCAUAAAAGAUGAAACAAUCAGCCGACCUGAGCCGACGUACCCAGUAGCACCAGGUUUGAGAUAUAUCAAAAAGAAAAUUGCUGUUAUUGAUAAGCAGCAAGUUGGCACAGACAGCAAUGGUAAAUUAAAUAUCGGGUUGUCCGGAAAAUAA